AUGAUCUCCGCAGCCCAAGGCUGGCCGGAGCUGGUGUUGGCAGCGAAAACGACGCGGGUGGAUGAAGCUGCCGGCUUUUGUGGGUAUCCAUGCCCGGAGCAUCCCGCCUUGAUGAUGUACUCCCCCAGCGGCGUGUUCUCCUCCUACGACAUUGGCAGGGAGGUCGUGCAGCACGGGGACGGGCUCCGUUUCGCGGACGGGGCGGAUGCGCGGCCGGCCCAUGUGCACCGCAUGGAGUCUUUCGAGGAUGCGGUGGCGCACAUGUGCGAGAGGCCCAGUGAUGUCCAGUUCAGCGCGGGUGAGGUUCCGGUGAAGUACUUGCGCCAAGGCUUUCCGGAACGUCAGCGCCGGGAGGUGCUCGAAGAGAUGGGUCUGAACCCUGGGCUCUUCGCGGACUUCUCGGCGUAUUGCUCC